GUAAAGAGAGAGGGAGAGAGAACAGGCAGAACCUGAUAUGUAAAUGAGCAGAGCAAAUGAAAGUAACUUUUGACGACCUGAUGAUCAUUCAGACUCUGUUUCUAUUGAGAGAUAAAAGUGCUCUAAAAUGAGUCUCUCUAGGGAGAGAGAGGAUGGGAGCCCUGACUCUAAAAUGAGUCACUCUGGGGAACAUGUCAUCAAAACUAAGAGCCAAAUCAAGCAGGAGAGACCAGCCUCCCCUGUUCCCAGCUGUGUGUCCAUGAAGAGUGACCGGUCUAUUAGUCAACCUCUAAACUUUAGAAAGGGAGACUUUUCUACUGAACAAAGAAACCGACAGGAGAGAUCAGAGUCAGAGAUUCUCAGUGGUCAGUCUUCCCAGAGUCAUCAAACAGACCUGGCCUCCAUAUUCAGUUUGCUUGAAGAGAAAAUUAUGACAUUUGUGAAGAACGAGCUGAAGAUAUUCAAGAGGAUUCUUAGUCCAGAACUCCCAGAAGGCUUUGAGAGUCAAAAGCAGAAUAAGGAAGUGGUGGAUGCUGAAGAUGAGAAGCAGGAGAGCAGUGCCAGAGAGGGGGCUCUGAAGAUCACACUGCACAUCCUGAGGAAAAUGAACCAGAAGGAGCUUGCUGACACACUGGAGAAAAGUAUUAAAACAGAUGAGCUUGCUGUGAUUUGCCAACGUGAACUCAAAUCUAAUCUAAAGAAGAAGUUUCAAUGUGUAUUUGAGGGGAUCGCUCAACCAGGAAACCCAACACUUCUCAAUAAGAUCUACACAGAGCUCUACAUCACAGAGGGUGGAACAGGAGAGGUCAAUAAUGAACAUGAGCUGAGACAGAUUGAGACAACAACCAGGAAACAAGCAACAGCAGAGACUCCAAUCAAAUGUAACGACAUCUUCAAACCCUUAACUGGACAAGACAAACUUAUCAGAACUGUGCUGACAAAGGGAGUCGCUGGCAUUGGAAAAACAGUCUCUGUGCAGAAGUUCAUUCUGGACUGGGCUGAAGGAAAAGCUAAUCAGGAUGUCCAAUUUGUAUUUUCAUUCCCUUUUCGGGAGCUGAAUUUGAUGAAAGAGGACAAACACACUUUGACUGAACUUCUUAAUCACUUCUCAAUGGAAACCAAAGAAUCAAGAAUCUCCAACUAUAACAAUUACAAAGUUCUGUUCAUCUUUGAUGGUCUGGAUGAGUGCCGACUGCCCCUAGAUUUCCAGAAGAACAAGAUCUGCUGUGACGUCACAGAGUCAACCUCAGUGGAUGUUCUGCUGACAAAUCUCAUCAAGGGAAAUCUGCUUCCCUCUGCUCUCGUCUGGAUAACUACCCGACCAGCAGCAGCCAAUAAGAUCCCAUCAUGGUGUGUUGACCAGGUAACAGAGGUACGAGGGUUCAAUGACCCACAGAAGGAGGAGUACUUCAGGAAGAGAUUCAGUGAUGAGGACCUGGCCAGCAGAAUCAUCUCACACAUAAAGACAUCAAGGAGCCUCCACAUCAUGUGCCACAUUCCAGUCUUCUGUUGGAUUUCUGCAACAGUCCUUGAACACAUGCUGAAACAUAAGAGAGAAGAGAUGCCCAAGACUCUGACUGAGAUGUACACACACCUUGUGGUGUUUCAUACCACACAGAAGAAUGAAAAGUAUCUUGGGAAAGAAGAGACAGGUCCACACUGGAAUAAAGAGAGCAUUCUGUCACUGGGAAAACUGGCUUUUCAACAGCUUGUGAAUGGCAAUCUGAUUUUCUAUGAAGAAGACCUGAAGGAGGCUGGAAUUGAUGUCAAUGAAGCCUCAGUGUACUCAGGAUUGUGCACACAGCUCUUUAAAGAGGAAUGUGUGCUGUACCAGGACAAGGUGUUCAUCUUUGUUCAUCUGAGCAUUCAGGAGUUUCUGGCUGCUGUAUAUGUGUUCCUCUCAUUCAACAACAACAAUGAAAAUGUAAUGGACAAACUGAAAACAACGUCCAGGAACCUUUCUGUGAGGAUCAAACAAAGGCGUAAAGUUGCUUUCUACAGGAGUGCUGUGGAUAAAGCCUUACAAAGUGAGACGGGAAACCUGGACCUUUUCCUCCGCUUCCUCCUGGGCCUCUCACUGGAGUCCAAUCAGAAGCACUUACGAGGUCUACUGACAAAGACAAGAAGCAGCUCACAGAGCCAUGAAGAAACAGUCAAGUACAUCAAGGAGAAGAUCAGGGAGAAUCCCUCUCCAGAGAGGAGCAUCAAUCUGUUCCACUGUCUGAAUGAACUGAAUGACCAUUCUCUAGUGGAGGAGAUCCAAAGCUACCUGAGAUCAGAAAGUCUCUCUGAAGACAACCUGUCACCUGCACAGUGGUCAGCUCUGGUCUUUGUGUUGCUGACUUCAGAAAAGGAGCUGGAUGUGUUUGACCUGAAGAAAUACUCCAGAUCAGAGGAAGGUCUUCUGAGGCUGCUGCCAGUGGUCAAAGCCUCCAGAGCUGUUCUGCUGUCAGGCUGUGGAGUCACAGAGGAAGGCUGUGCUUCUCUGGUCUCAGCUCUGGAGUCAAACCCCUCACACCUGAGAGAGCUGGAUCUGAGUAACAAUGACCUGAAGGAUUCAGGAGUGGAGCUGCUCUUUGCUGUAAUGGAGAAUCCCCACUGUAAACUGGAGACUCUGAGGCUGUCAGGCUGUCUAGUCACAGAGGAAGGCUGUGCUUCUCUGGUCUCAGCUCUGAGGUCAAACCCCUCACACCUGAGAGAGCUGGACCUGAGCUACAAUCACCCAGGAGACUCAGGAGUCAGACUGCUCUCUGCUAGACUGGAGGAUCCACACUGUAAACUGGUGACUCUGAGGCUGUCAGGCUGUGGAGUCACAGAGGAAGGCUGUGCUUCUCUGGUCUCAGCUCUGAGGUCAAACCCCUCACACCUGAGAGAGCUGGACCUGAGCUACAAUGACCUGAAGGAUUCAGGAGUGAAGCUGCUCUCUGCUGGACUGGGGAAUCCCCACUGUAAACUGGAGACUCUGAGAUUCACUGGCUGUAAACUCACAGACACAUCCUGUAAAGUGUUGGCCUCAGUUCUCAGUUCAAACCCCUCACAUAUGAGAGAGCUGGACCUGAGUAACAAUGACCUGAAGGAUUCAGGAGUGAAGCUGCUCUCUGCUGGACUGGGGAAUCCCCACUGUAAACUGGAGACUCUGAGGCUGUCAGGCUGUCUAGUCACAGAGGAAGGCUGUGCUUCUCUGGUCUCAGCUCGGAGGUCAAACCCCUCACACCUGAGAGAGAUGGACCUGAGCUACAAUCACCCAGGAGACUCAGGAGUCAGACUGCUCUCUGCUGGACUGGAGGAUCCACACUGCAGACUGGAGAAACUCAAUGUGGAACAUGGUGGAGAGAACAGAAUGAAACCUGGGCCUAGAAAAUAUGUAUGUGAUCUCACACUGGACCUAAACACAGUAAACAGACACCUCUCUCUGUCUGAGGAGAACAGAAAGGUGACAUGGAGGAGAGAGGAGCAGCCGUAUCCUGAACACCCAGAGAGAUUUGAGGUCUGGGGACAGGUGCUGUGUAGAGAGGGUCUGACUGGGCGCUGUUACUGGGAGGUUGAGUGGAGUGGGAGAGAGGCUGAUAUAGGAGUGGCAUAUAAAGGAAUCAACAGGAGAGGAAGGGGUGCUGACUGUUGGCUUGGAUGGAAUGACAAGUCCUGGAGUCUGUUCUGCUCUGACAACAGUUACAUUGCCUGUCACAAUAGUAAUCCCACUACCAUUUGGGACCCCUCCACCAGCUCCCACAGAGUAGGAGUGUAUCUGGACUGGCCAGCCGGAAUUCUGUCCUUCUAUAGAGCCUCCUCUGACACACUGACCCACCUGAACACAUUCACCUCCACAUUCACUGAGCCCCUCUAUCCAGGGUUUAGGGUUUAUUACGAUGACUCUGCAGUGUCCCUGUAACUAAUAACCUGACACACACACACACACACACACACACACACACACACAGGACACACACACACAGGACACACACACACAGGACACACACACACAGGACACACACACACACACACAGGACACACACACACACAGGACACACACACACACACGGGACACACACACACACACACACACAGGACACACACACACACACACACACACAGGACACUGGACACUCACACUGGACACUGGACACUCACACACUCACACACACACACACACUCACACACACACACUGGACACACAUACUGAUACACACUCACUGAACACACACAUGGGGUGGAGGGGAGCCUAGUGGUUAGAGCGUUGGACUAGUAACUGAAAGGUUCCAAGUUCCAAUCCCCGAGCUGACAAGAUACAAAUCUGUCGUUCUGCCCCUGAACAGACAAUUAACCCACUGUUCCUAGGCCGUCAUUGAAAAUAAGAAUUUGUACUUCACCUCUUACAUCUAUGGGGGCGCUAUUUCAUUUUUGGAUAAAAAACGUUCCCGUUUUAAACAAGAUAUUUUGUCACAAAAAGAUGCUCGACUAUGCAUAUAAUUGCUACCGUUCGAAAGAAAACACUCUGACGUGUCCAGAAAUACAAAGAUCUUCUCUGUGCGUGCCCUACAACGUGAGCUUCAGGCAAAACCAAGAUGAGAUGGCAUCCAGGAAAUGACAAGGAUUUUUGAGGCUCUGUAUUCCAUGGUCUCCUUAUAUGGCUGUGAACGCGAGAGGAGUAAGUCUGCCCUUUCUGUCGUUUCCCCAAGGUGUCUGCAGCAUUGUGACGUAUUUGUAGGCAGAUCAUUGGAAGAUUGACCAUAACAGACCACAUUUACCACGUGUCCGCCCGGUGUCCUGCGCCGAAAUUGGUGCGCAAAAGUCACCUGCCAGUAUUUUUCCAAACGAUACAGAGAGUAAAGCAAGCUUCCACGAACUGCAUGUCAAUGAAGAGAUAUGUGAAAAAACACCUUGAGGACUGAUUCCAAACAACGUUUGCCAUGUUUCGGUCGAUAUUAUGUAGUUAAUCCGGAAAAAGUUUUACGUUGUAGGUGACUGCAUUUUCGGUUCGUUUCGGUAGCCAGACGCAAUGUAGAAAAUGGAACGAUUUCUCCUACACACAGACGCUUUCAGGAAACACUGCGCAUUUGGUAUGUGACUGAGAGUCUCCUCAUUGAAAACAUCAGAAGCUCUUCAAAGGUAAAUGAUUUUAUUUAUUUGGUUAUCUGGUUUUUGUGAAAAUGUUGCGUGCUACAUGCUACACAAAAUGCUAUGCUAGCUUUGCAUACUCUUACACAAAUUAGUCAAUUUCUAUGGUUCAAAAGCAUAUUUUGAAAAUCUGAGAUGACAGUGUUGUUAAGAAAAGGCUAAGCUUGAGAGCAGAAGCAUUAUUUUCAUUUUAUUUGCGAUUUUCAGAAAUCGUUAACGUUGCGUUAUGCUAAUGAGCCUGAGGCUUUAGUCACAAACCCGGAUCCGGGUUGGGGAGUUUCAAGAAGUUAACUGACUUGCCUUGUUAAAUAAAGGUAAAAUAAAAAAUACACACUCUAUCUGCCUCUUAAAUCAGUUUCUGUACCACAGGUUCUAGAACAGCUUCUAUCCCAGUUCUAUCUGCCUGUUAAAUCAGUUUCUGGACCACAGGUUCUGGAACAGCUUCUAUCCCAGUUCUAUCUGCCUGUUAAAUCAGUUUCUGGAUCACAGGUUCUAGAACAGCUUCUAUCCCAGUUCUAUCUGCCUGUUAAAUCAGUUUCUGGAUCACAGGUUCUAGAACAGCUUCUAUCCCAGUUCUAUCUGCCUGUUAAAUCAGUUUCUGGAUCACAGGUUCUAGAACAGCUUCUAUCCCAGUUCUAUCUGCCUGUUAAAUCAGUUUCUGGAUCACAGGUUCUAGAACAGCUUCUAUCCCAGUUCUAUCUGCCUGUUAAAUCAGUUUCUGGACCACAGGUUCUGGAACAGCUUCUAUCCCAGUUCUAUCUGCCUGUUAAAUCAGUUUCUGGAUCACAGGUUCGAGAACAGCUUCUAUCCCAGUUCUAUCUGCCUGUUAAAUCAGUUUCUGGAUCACAGGUUCUAGAACAGCUUCUAUCCCAGUUCUAUCUGCCUGUUAAAUCAGUUUCUGGAUCACAGGUUCGAGAACAGCUUCUAUCGAAGUUCUAUCUGCCUGUUAAAUCAGUUUCUGGAUCACAGGUUCUAGAACAGCUUCUAUCCCAGUUCUAUCUGCCUGUUAAAUCAGUUUCUGGAUCACAGGUUCAGACUUGGUUCAGACUAUUAGAACAUGACUGAACCUUUUGGUUCCUUUUCUGAUCUUUUACCACUUUUUCAUGAUAUAUUUUACUGUUUGUGUUUGUACCACAGGAGGUUGGUGGGACCUUAAUUGGGGAGGACAGGCUUGUAAUGGGGAGGACAGGCUUGUGAUGGGGAGGACAGGCUUGUAAUGAGGAGGACAGGCUUGUAAUGGGGAGGACAGGCUUGUGAUGGGGAGGACAGGCUUGUGAUGGCUGGAGGGGAAUAAGUGGAAUGGUAUCAAACACGUGGUUUCCAUGUGUUCCAUUUCAUUCACUCUGUUCCAGACAUUAUUAUGAGCCGUCCUCCCCUCACCAGCCUCCUCUGGUAUGUACUGUCCUAUAUGUGAGAGAGAUCCAACAAGGAAUUACAAUGUAUCUAUUACUUUAAAUACCUGCAAAUGGCAAAUAAACUUAUUGAACUCCUUAUGAAUGUCUGCAGCCGACUAGACUGUUGGCGUCUGACAAGAGGUGAAAAUAUUACAGGAAUAUUCUGCAAAUGUUGAUGAAGAUGUCACUCAAUCCCCCCAAAACAACAUGCAGUCUUUCCACAAGACUCCCAUGAAGUUAUAGUGUGACGUUAUGAGUUGACGUUAAAGUAACAUUCUCAGAACAUACUAUACUUGUUUUAUGCUGUUUUAGAUGGAUCCUCUGUUUAUCAUCUUGUUUUAUACUGUUUUAGAUGGAUCCUCUGUUUAUCAUCUUGUUUUAUACUGUUUUAGAUGGAUCCUCUGUUUAUCAUCUUGUUUUAUACUGUUUUAGAUGUAUCCUCUGUUUAAACAUUUAAACUCUUAAAUUUAAACAAUUAAACAAUUAAACUCUUAAAUGUAAACAAUUUAAAUAAUAACACCGUUAAAAUACCAAUGUGAUCAUUUGUUGUACGUCUUUUAUGUUGAAUAACAAAUAGUACAGUUAUAUAUGGACAUACGCUCCACAUACACUGCUGAUGUCGCAGAAAGGCCAUAAAGAUCAUCAAGGACAUCAACCACCUGAUCCACUGCCUGUUCACCCCGCUAUCAUCCAGAAGGAGAGGUCAGUACAGGUGCAUCAUCACCACCGAGACACUGCCUGUUCACCCCACUAUCAUCCAGAAGGAGAGGUCAGUACAGGUGCAUCAUCACCACCUGAUCCACUGCCUGUUCACCCCACUAUCAUCCAGAAAGAGAGGUCAGUACAGGUGCAUCAUCACCACCCGAUCCACUGCCUGUUCACCCCACUAUCAUCCAGAAGGAGAGGUCAGUACAGGUGCAUCAAAGCAGGGACCGAGAGACUGAAAAACAGCUUCUAUCUCAAGGCAAUCAGACUGUUUAUCAGCCACCACUAACAUUGAGUGGCUGCUGCCAACAUACUGACUCAACUCCAGCCACUUUAAUAAUGGGAAUUGAUGGAAAAUUAUGGAAAAAAAUGCAUCACUAGCCACUUUACAAUGCCAAUUAAUAUAAUGUUUACAUACCCUACAUUACUCAUCUCAUAUGUAUAUACUGUAAUCUAUACCAUCUACUGCAUCUUGCCUAUGCCGCUCUGUACCAUCACUCAUUCAUGUAUGUUUAUGUACAUAUUCUUUAUCCCUUUACACUUGUGUAUAUAAGGAUUGUUGGGACUAGAAGCACAAGCAUUUCACUAAACUCGCAUUAACAUCUGCUAACCAUGUGUAUGUGACAAAUAAAAUGUGAUUUUAGUUCAUUUAGUUGUACAAGUAUACAAAAAGAUAUUGUAUUUUUCAUAAUAAAACAUAAUUGAAACAAGAAAAGGCAUGUUAAUUGU